AUGGCUCUCUCCCAGCUGCUCAUUGGCCUCGUCAGCCUCUGUCUGACGUAUGGUGUAUCUCCAGUGCUGGCAAGAUCCACCGACAAGGUCCCUUACUGCCCUGUCUUCUAUGACUCUCCCCCGCCGAGGAAUUGUCAGCCCGUCCCGGAGACGUUUCUUGACUUUAUUUCCAGUGGUCGAGAAGUGCCCCAGGCGGAGAUUGAGGUUCUUGAAGAUGCAUUUGAGGCCCUAGCCGUCCUGCAGCAGGUGUACUUUGACUCGGAGGCUGGCACAUGGCCUCUGGCGAAUGACUGGACAGCCGCUGUCCAUGAGACUGUGAUGGCUGGAACAUUGACCACUUUGACCAAAGCAUUGGGGUCGAUCCAUCUCAGUCCUUUCAACGACUGGACAGCCAAGGAAAACCUCAUUUCAUUCUAUUACUCCCAGUUGGUUGGUUCAUACUUUGGACAGGAUAUCCUCUCGAUCCGCGGAGAGGCGUAUGACGAUAUUCUUUGGGUGGCCCUUGGCUGGCUCGAGGCAGUUCAAUUUGUCAAAACGCAUUCAGAACUGCACUAUCCAGCACAAGCAACAAACUCCACAGGUUCAAGAAGCCUGGGAGAGGCAAUCAAAUCUCUCCCCUGGCAUGGAAAUCACUGGAUGCCUGCCUUUGCUCAUCGGUCGCGCGUUUUCUGGGGUCUUGCCACAUCAGGCUGGGGUGAUGACCUGUGCCAUGGCGGAAUGACCUGGAAUCCGCGGUUGCGCCCGUAUAAAAAUGCCAUUACCAACGAGCUCUGGAUUUCUGCGUCUGUGUCCAUGUACCAGUACUUUCCCGGUGACAACUAUUCUUCACCAUUCGUUGCGUCAAGCCUGUACCCGUCAAAGGAUCCAGCGCAUUUGGCGGCGGCCAUCGUGGGCUACAAAUGGCUUAAAGAUGUCAAUAUGACCAAUGCCCGGGGCCUUUAUGUUGAUGGAUACCAUAUAGAUUUCUCGAUCCCGGGCAAUGUUGAGUGUGACAUGAGGGAUGAGAUGGUGUACACGUACAACCAGGGCGUCAUACUCACAGGCCAGCGCGGCCUGUACUCUGUCACGGGCAGCCCAUCUUAUUUGGAGGAAGGCCAUAACUUGAUACAGUCAGUGAUCAAUGCUACUGGGUGGAGUCUGGAGCAUAACACGCCCCACGAUGAUCUCAGCGUCUACCCUCCAGGUGUCCUGCCGCCCUGGCACGGCCUAGGGCGCGGGGGGGUGUUAGAAGAGCAGUGUGAUUCCAGUGCAACUUGCUCGCAAGACUCUCAGACCUUCAAGGCCAUAUAUUUCCACCACCUGGUCGCCUUUUGCACAGACCUCGAGCCGAUCAGCGCCGGGCCUCACCGUGUUGUAAAUAAGAGGGCAUACCAGAGGUUGAGGACGGCGCACAUAGAGUCAUGCCGAUCCUACCUCGGCUGGGUUCAUCACAACGUUCUUGCUGCGAUGGAGACGGUAGAUUUGAACGGCCAGUUUGGCAUGUGGUGGGGAGCUGGUCUCUUCAACAACACAGUGGUGACGAGGGAUGGAGACGGUAUCGAUCAUUCUGCGGAGAAUGUGACUGACUAUCGUAACCAAGGGACACCCAACGAUGAGAUAUGGGGUCAAGAUACACAGUGGCUACCCGGAUCAGGCCGGUGGAUGCCGGGCGACCCCAAUCCCAUCAUCGAUCAGUCUGGAUCGAAUACAGAUCAGCAAGUGUUAAGCCGUCUAUCGGGGCGUGCUAAACGGGUCCCCGAUCCCCUCACCGACCCAAACUCACGGGGCCGCGGCCGUACUGGCGAGACACAGAUCGGAGGGCUCGCAUUAUUGCGAGCGUUCUGGGAGCUGUCGCAGCUGGGCAGGAAUGAAUGA